GCUGUGCGGCUUUAAAGUGCUCGCUCCAUGAUGCCUUGCGGUGUCCCGCUAGCGCUCACUCUAUUUACUCGCUUGAGAGCAGAGCUGCUGCUGCUGCUGCUGAUGUAACGGGCCACAUUCAACUUCAGCGAGCGGACCCUCCUUACCAGACUACAUUUACGGACAUCUUCUGAAAGCAGUCUUUACUAAACAUUAAAGGGAAAACCACAUCAUCUGCUUAAAUCUCGGUUCUGCUCUGGCGGAGCUAAGUGGACCCGGACUGAGGAUUGUAGCGGUCAGGGACUGCAGACACACGCAGCAGUGAUAAGAGCAGCAUGCAGACCAGAGAGCUAGUAACGGGUGCCUGCAGAGGUGAGGAAUGACAUCAUCCAGAUGAGAGGCAUGGAGCUGAAGGUAUGGGUGGAUGGAGUGCAGCGCAUCGUUUGCGGGGUCACAGAAGUCACUACAUGUCAAGAGGUUGUCAUCGCUUUGGCCCAAGCAAUAGGGCGGACUGGUCGCUACACACUGAUUGAAAAAUGGCGCGAGACAGAGAGGCACCUGGCUCCCCAUGAGAAUCCUGUAGUUUCUCUGAAUAAGUGGGGUCAGUACGCUAGUGAUGUGCAGUUGGUGCUUCAACGUACUGGCCCAUCUCUGAGUGAGCGCCCCACCUCAGACACCUCUGCAAGAGCCCCUGAGCGCAGCUUAUAUCGCCAAAGUCUCCCUCCCAUGGCAAAGCUCCGGCCCACAGCCCACGACCGUUCUCUUAAACGUCGUGAACCAAAACGCAAGUCCCUCACUUUUACCAGUGGUGCCAAGGGGUUACGUGACAUCUUCGGGAAGAAUCGUGAGGGUGAGACCAAGCAGAGAACUGUAAACACAAUCCGCAGCAGCACUCCGGCCCCUACACAGGAGCUGUCCUGCCUGGUGCAGUUGCAGAAGGACAAGUUGCGCAUCCUAGAGCAGAAACUGCAAUGCUGUGAAACUGAGUUGCAGCAGCAAUUGACGGAUGAAGAAGAAGAAGAGCUGAUCAAACUAGAGCAGCAGGUCCGUAGGAAUGAGGCGGAGAUGAAGGAGCAUGAAUUCUGGGAGAAUGAGCUGAAGAUUGAGCAGGACAAUGAGAGGCAACUUCGUGAGCAACUGCAGGAACUGCGCAGCCGUGUACAGGAGUGCGAGGAACAACUGGGAGAGUACCUGGCACGUAUUCAGUGCAUGGAAGCAGGGCUGGAGGCAGAGCGCCUGCAGCAAGAGCUGAUGGAGACACGGCUAGCGGAUGAAAUGGAGGUCCGGUCGCGACUGGAUAAGGCUCGUGCCGAGCUGGACAUGCAAGUUCAGCAGGCUGCAAGACUGGAGAGCAGCUGCAGAGCUGUGGAGCUCUCACUUGGCCAGUCAAACAUUAGACUACAGGAGAGAGAGCAGGAACUGGAACAGUUAACUAAGGAGCUGAGGCAGGUGAACCUUCAACAGUUUAUUCAACAGACUGGCACCAAAGUUACAGUUCUUCCAGCAGACCCUGGUGAGGAGGAAGCUAACACAGAGUCAGAAAAUCAGUCUGGAUCUCUGAAGCGGCUUGGAUCAGCUCGACAACUUCCCGCUGACCUACGAGCUCUGCAGAGCCCGCUGAACACGACCUUUAACCCAGAAGAUUCAUCAACAAGCAGCGAGUGCUUUUAAUGGUGAUGAUUGCUUCCUCUCGAUGGCUGUUUGACUAAUGCAACCCAAUCAGUGCUUUCUUCAAAUCCUACAAAGACAUCUCCAGCUGAAUGUAUGCUCACUUUCACUGGACCCAAAAGCGCAGUAAGGCUUUGAAUAUGUCUUGAACAUGGCAACUACUGAACUCAUACAGAAAAACAGACAGAAUACAUGCUGCCUCAGCCUAUGUUCAAUCCAUCAACCUUCUGGUGCAAUGCAGCAUCAUGAUGUCUUUCAUUUCUAGAAUGUUUCUGAAUCUCCAGGUAAACCUCAUACUCGAUGCGUUUAUGCAAGCAGCAGGAAUUUGAGGGAGAUGCAAAGAGAGGAUGAUAAAUUAUGCAGUUUAUAUUUUAUGGCUCAUAGUCGUGAUGAAAGCUCAAAGAAAAGGGGUGGUGUUUCACCUUAGUUUGCACUUUAUUGGCCAAAACAUCUGCUGUGGAAUUUUACUGAAAUCUUAAAAGCUGAAGAAUCAUUUCCUGCAUUUGUUCGCACUAAUCAGGACAACAGGUGCAUGCGAUAUUUUAAAACUAUGUGAGAGCGAGUAAGAGGUGUUUUUGCAUGAAAGCAGCUUGUGGCAAGUGAAAUUUGUUACCUUUUAAAAUGAAGCAAAUGAACCUGGUUUUGUGAUGAAUAGCUACAUUUUAAAUAGAAUCCUUUUAAAUUAUGCAAGUACAUUGUAGUUACUCACAAGUCGUAAUGAGUAGCUUAGAUCAAUGUGUUCUUCUUAAGCUUUCAAGUGAACCUUUUGGCCAAUAAAUGCAUUUUAUUUCUGACACAGAAUAGUUUUAUUUUUUUAUUUAGUUGAUCUCACUAAAAUCCUUAUAUAGAGUUGUCUUUUUUCCACAUACUAGCAAAUAUCACAGCAGUUCCAUAUAUUUUAAGCAAAUCUUUAGUGUUUUUACUAGUUUUUAGAACUUUAUUUCUUAUCAAACCAAAGUGUUCUGGAAGUCAUUAAUAUCUGCAUGAAUGUAAAGGUUUGUAAUUGUGCGUACAUGCAAAAGGAAGCAGCUCCAAAAUAUUGUAUUGACAUUUUUUUUUUUUGUUUUAACUGUAGCAGCACCUGCUUCCCUAAAAGCUACAUUCACACAGAUACAGAAAGACAUUUAUUUUUACAUUUAAUAUGGACAUAAGCAAGGAGCUCUUGGAAGCGUCUGUAAGGAAGUGCUCAUUUAGAUUUGCUGUAGUAGCUUCUGGACUUGUUUUGACUUUUUUGUAAACUAAUCAAGCUUACAGAAUUUUUUUUUUUUCCUUGAAAAUACUAUUUUGCCAAAAGCGUAAAUUUUAAUGUGAUGUUCAUGGAUGACUGAAUCAUUUAAACAAAAAAACAGGUUUGGUUUAAAGCUUUGCUUAUAGUAUCUAUACAUUAAAAGCAAAAACCCAUCUCCUUCUACAUUUAUGGAGUAUUUUAUUUUUGGAGUAGUUUUGUGUGUAUUUCACAUAGAAGUGUUGCUCAGAUGAUCUGCAAAAGAGCAUUUGGCUGACUUGAAGAACAAAGUCAUCUCGGUGUGACGAGGGGAACGUUUCAGAAGCAUGCCUUACUAAAAGAAAAAAAGUGUAAAUAGCAUAUAGCAACAUAUCAAUAAGUAGCAAAGAGGACUAUUUUUAACAAUGCACAGCACUCUCUAAACAGCUAAAAUAAACAAUGUUUAUUUUUUAGCAUUGUUAGGAUGCAUGCACUGACGUUCAGUUUUAAGCUUGUAUGAGAGGCCUGAGGAUCCACCUAUGGCACUUAAUACAGGUGUUAUACUCAACUGGCUGUAUUAAGGUGUAACAUGGACUGCGCUAAAUGCCUCUAUAAAUAUCUGUGCAGUUGUAACAGGCUUGAGGUUUGGGACUGAUGUGUGUGCAUUAGAAAUUAACAGUUUGUAUUAUAUCGCCUGCUGCUAUGCACACAGGUGUGACUAAAACAUUAAGCUCAGCUGAAAGUUGUUAAGAUCGGACAGCAUCUUGGUUUGAUAUCUCUGGAUCUCAAGUUUUAACCGUUAAUGCAGUACCAAAAUCCCUUUGGCCAACAGACUUCUAUUUAGCUCUAUUUUUAACCAAUUGUGUUAAUUAAACUACUUCCUUCUUGAGAAGUGUCAGAUGCCUGGAAAACACAUUGAAAUGAUUUAUGUUGACAUGUUUAUCGAGCAGCAUAAACUAUUUAUGCCAUCAGUGGAAAAAGGUGCAUUGACACUGUAAAAAAAAUAAUAAUAAAUUUGGAAUAGAG